AUGACCACAAAGCCUCUCCUUUCUCCUUUCCUUUUCACGCCUCCUCUCUCCCCCACUUUGGCCCAGGCGGUGAUACGUUUUCCGGCGAGAAAACUCCGAUUUUCCGAUGAGAAAACUCCGAUUUUCCGGCAUCUGCAACAACGCCUCUUCUCCGGUGAUACCACCUCUUCUCUGGCGACCUCGACCACAACACCACAACCAAAUCGAUUUCCAGAAUGCUUUAGUUGCUGUUUACAAACUCAGCACAUAGCCGCCUUUGGUGAUGAUCCGGACUCCAUUGAUUGGAUAGCCUUAUUUGAGAAGGUGUUAGGUGCUCGAAGGGGACAUGUGAGAGACAUCGAGCCUAAGCCUUCCGUAGCGGAUACAAGUUACUCACUCAACCAUGGUCACCGCCUCUCCAUAGCAUUCUGUCUUCUUCCGACCGGAUGUUGGUUGCUUCUUCCUCAUACGCUCCUCCAAACCGCUGUCUCACCCCAUUACUGUCAUAAGUCUCAUCACCACCCACCUUCCCCCACCGUAUGUUCUAAUAACUCCGAUUUACGUUUUAAUCUUUCUUCUCCUCGCGAACUCAAGUUCCGAUGUGCGUUUUCUUUGUUACAGGUGGUAAUUGCAUCAGGUUCGACUAAUAAUUCUCCCAAACCUAACGACGUUCAUCUAGUCCUUCCACCGCGAGAAGAUUCUCCACCGCCUUAUCUCAGCUUCGACAUAUCCAUCACCGUCCGAGCAGUUACCGGUGAUUGCGUGGUCCAACACCGUCUCCACUGUCUUCCCAUCUUAUCUAUACACGAAGGGUUUAUUUUCGGAUGCUUUAUUCCACAAAUCCUACCAGAUUUUUUAUAG